AUGAAUGAUCUAAUGACGAAAUCUUUCCUAAGUUAUGUGGAGUUAAAGAAACAGACCCGGAUUGACAUCAAGUCAGAGGAAACCGAUAUCGAGAAAGGGAAUCAAGAACAGAAGAUUGCUCCAUCUGACGAAACAAAUCUUUCUAACUUUUUUCAAGAAGUGGAUGUAAUCAAAUCCAACAUGGAAGAGAUCACAAAUCUCCUUUUUGAUCUCCAAACCUUAAACGAAGAGACCAAAUCCGCUCACAGCGCCAAAGUCCUUCGCGGGUUAAGAGACAGGAUGGAAUCUGAUAUGGUUUCGGUUCUUCGUAAAGCGAAUGUUGUCCGUGUAUGCCUUGAAUCUCUCGACAAUUCUAACGAAUCAAACCGGAGUUGUUACAAAGAAGGCAGCGCUGUGGACAGAACUCGGGUUGCUGUCUCAAACGGCCUGCGAGUAAAACUCAAAGAAAUGAUGAACGAUUUUCAGGAUUUGAGAAACAAGAUAGUGUCGGACCAUAAAGAGUAUCUCAAGAAAAGGUAUUAUAACGAAACCGGAGAGUACCCAGAUGAGGCAACGAUUGGAACGAUGGUUUCUGGAAGUGGGAAAGUGUUUGAAGGGAAGAAGGAUUUGGUUUUGGAGAAUAAAGAGAGGCAUGAAGCCGUGAUGGAUAUAAAGAAGAGUUUAAACAAGCUUCAUCAAGUUUUUCUUGAUAUGGCUGUUUUGGUGGAGGCACAAGGCCAGAAUCUGGAUGAUAUUGAACUGAAUGUAGCCAGAGCUGGAAGCUUUGUAAGUGGUGGAACAGAUAGUUUGUUCUAUGCUAAGCAGAUGAAGGAUAAGCACAGCAAGAACUGGGUGUGUUUUGUUUUAUCUGUGAUCAUAAUUAUAUGUCUGGUAUGCUUCAUAGCUAUGUUGUCUUCUUUCUGA